UUUCGCCCAGAGACGCUGAUCAAGGGACAGUCAUAGCAUCAGCGCCUGUAGUCUUGGUGGGAUGGAGACAAUACAACUGGGGACUGGCGGGAAGCUCCCGAGACACAGAGCUUGUCAGACCUGUCAUCUGCCGGACUUGUCUCUCUGAUCAGCGAGUCCCCUUCAUCCUCCGCUGGGCCUUCAUCUCCCUUUGCAGACGAGCUCUUCGCCUUGACCUCCGCACUCCUGCUCUGUUCGCUCGCUGCUCGCUCCUGAUGCCACACCCACCUCUUUGUACUCAGAGAAAGUGUGAAGACGGAGGCUGUGGAUCUGGAUAGCCGCCAUUAGCGAACGGUACAGUAGAUGAGCCAGCUCCCUCCCUCCCUCCGGCCCGUUUUCCUCCCCGUCUAACGCGGCACAGUUCAGCUCCGUCAUACGAAAAGGCUAAAUGGAGUGAGCGGAGGACUGCCUGAAGAAUGAGAAGCCUGUAGAUGUCCCAGUCCAGCCGUGCACUGAGAAAACAGAUCUCUCUUUCUCUAAAGAGAGUCCCCUGACUUUGCCCCCGAAACGGCCCAUUAUUGACAAUUAAUGUCAAGUGUCACGCGGAGGCAGCGCGGCGCUGCUUUGCUGGAAUUAACACCGCUAAUGGGAAGGAGAGCACUCGAAAUUCAAUGCGCUAAACGCGAGUGAACGCUACAUGAUGCCUUCGAAGGUCUCCUGCUUAUAUGUUCUGACGGUGGUGUGCUGGGCAAGCGCGCUGUGGUACUUGAGCAUAUCGCGGCCCUCGUCCUCGUACGUCGGGCAGCAGCUGGCGCUGCCGGCGCGGAAGGCGGCCAAGAGCAAGAGCAACUUCACCUUCAGCAACAUCCGCACCCGGCCCCUGAACCCGCACGCGUUCGACUUCAUCAUCAACGAGCCCAAGAAGUGCGAGGCCGACGGCCCGUUCCUGGUCAUCCUGAUCAGCACCACGCACAAGGAGUUCGACGCCCGGCAGGCCAUCCGCGAGACGUGGGGGGACGAGAGCACCUUCGCCGACAUCCGCAUCGUCACCCUCUUCCUGCUGGGCCGGAACACGGACGCCGUCCUCAACCAGAUGGUGGAGCAGGAGAGCCAGAUCUUCCACGACAUCGUGGUGGAGGACUUUGUCGACUCCUACCACAACCUCACCCUCAAGACCCUGAUGGGCAUGAGGUGGGUGGCCACCUUCUGUCCCAAGGCCAAGUACGUCAUGAAGACCGACAGCGACAUCUUCGUCAACAUGGACAACCUGGUCUACAAGCUCCUGAAGCCCACCACCAAGCCCCGGAGGAGGUACUUCACCGGCUACGUGAUAAACGGAGGCCCCAUCCGGGACAUGCGCAGUAAGUGGUACAUGUCCCGGGACCUGUACCCCGACAGUAAGUACCCCCCGUUCUGCUCGGGCACGGGGUACGUGUUCUCGGCGGACGUGGCCGAGCUCAUCUACAAGACGUCGCUCCACACCAGGCUGCUCCACCUGGAGGACGUGUACGUGGGGCUCUGCCUGCGCAAGCUGGGCAUCCACCCCUUCCAGAACAGUGGCUUCAAUCACUGGAAGAUGGCCUACAGCCUCUGCAGGUACCGCAGGGUGAUCACCGUGCACCAGAUCUCACCCGAGGAGAUGCACAGGAUCUGGAAUGACAUGUCCAGCAAGAAGCACCUGAGAUGUUAAUGAACAGCGCUCCCCCCUCCCUGUCCCCCCCCCAUUUCUUUGUUUCAUCAGCAACAUUAUUUAUCACAGACCUGGGUCAUGUGAUCUGAGAGGACAGCUAAUGUUUUUGUCGUACUGUAUCUACGGUCAGACUUAAAUCCAGCCCUUUGUCACAAGAGCGCUUGGCUGUCUAGGUGCACAUUCUAAAAAAAAAAAAGACAAACAUGCCACUCGAAUCACGUUGCACUGCUUAUUUUGUAGUCUUGAGAAAUAAUUACAAAACAAAACAUGAUUCACGUAAUUCCCUCAACAUUACCAAUUUGCGCUAUUGUAAUUAUGCAGAUCUACGAAAACUCGGUUAAAUUUAGAUUCGAGCUUCACGUGAAAUCUGGGACACGCCGUGAAAGAGUUGAGCCGUUCGUGCUGUAGAGCUGCGUCGCGCACAGUACAUGCCACUAUCCAGGUCAAAGUGACAAAAGGCUGCUUCACGGCGCUGCUACGCCAAAGAGCCUGCCAAUUCGGAAAGAAAGAAUUCCUGGCUCUGUGACAUUAACUCAGCACUUAAUGCGCUAAUUAGAUACACCAGUAUAACUAAUGUGAUCGCUCUGCAGACUGAAGCCAAAUGAAAUUGCAGUUAAUUAACUCCAUAUUCUUGUAAUAUGAAAAUGUAUAUCUUUGUUGGAUGUAGUGUAAAAUAUGUUUUAAGACAAUGCUGUUACAUAAUAAUGGUCAUCAUUGUUGCUUAGUGUAAAGAACCAGUCGUGUAAAUCUAACAAAUGAUGCUUAAUUAAUGUGAAGGCUAUUUGGAUCUUUUCAAUCCAUUUUUUUAAAUUUGUGGGACUGGACUGCAUCUUUCUGAACUAAAGGCCAGUGAAUUGCCAGACCUUAAUGGCUUACUUUGCAAUUAUGAUGUAAUAUCAUUGUUUUCCAAUAUCAAAAUUAUUUUCUUACCUUGAGUAAAUGAUAGUGACAUGCUGUACUCGCUUCUAUUGGAACUGGAGUCCUGUUUGUAUGUACAGAGCGUAUUAAUCUUUUGAACUCAGUAUGUAUCUGUUGCUACAUUUCCAUUAGGGUGAGUUUAGGAGACUUUAUUAUUUUGAUUAAAAAUUUUGUGCAACAUGCCAAAUAGAAAUUAGUAUUGUGUAUAUAAAAACGAGCUAUUUGGCUUUAUUAAAACACAGGACUUUAGCAUUUUUAGUGUCGGGAGUUCAUUAAACUGGAAAAUGUGCUGUAAACGUCCAUUAAUGCGAAUGGGAACAGCUGUAAUGUGCACAGCAUAUCCCCACACCUUUGCUGCAUUAAAAAUCUAUCAUUCCCACAUAAAAGUUAUUAAGUAACUGUCACUGAAACAGCACACAGCGUACGCUGAAAUUACAUGAUAUACCUUUUGCUGACAAAUCACACUUUGGAAACAACAAUCUUGCUGGCAGUUUUAUGCACAAGUAGGGAAUAUUCUGUAGUGCUCCAAGGUGAAUUUUCGGUGACAUUCUAAUGGAAACGUAGGUAAUGAGCAUAUGUACUGUGUACCAUUGUAUAGGUGACAUAUUGUAUCUAUUUACAUUCCCAAGAGAACCUUGUGUAUGUGAAGUACAAAUCUUUAAUUAAGCACUGCUGUUGAAAUGAUUGCAGACUAUUAUACUUUCUAUGUCUCAAACCGGAUAUAGAUCAGUUACAGGGGCUGCAUUCUGUCUGAGCCAAUUUAAUUUAAAGCAUAUUGUUUUUUGUUUAUUUAUUUUUUUAUGUUCAUUCUUUUUUUAUGAUUCCUCUAGUAUUAUAAGCUGUUGUGAUAUUUUAAUGUAAAGCAUAGGUGAAGAGCCGGCUAUCCUGAAUGGGAUAAUUACACUGUACAGCGUUUCUUUUUUAUAUUAAAAAUAAACAUUCUUGAGUAUUA